CUCACCCUCCUCCUCCUCCUCCUCUCCUCUCCUCCAUACCCUCCCUGACUCACCCCUCUCCUCCUCCUCCUCGCCCCUCAGUCCUGACAGAGACAGAGACUACAACGGGACUACAAAUCCCUUCAUCUCAUCUCCAUUCACCACAGCAGAGCUGCCUCUGGGAGAUGUAGUCCAGACCAUCGCCUCACCUCUGACCCCUGAUCAACCUCUACUGGUUACCACGAUGACCAGCACCAUGACGACGGACAGUGAAUCACAAUGGCCAGAGACGGACACACACCUGCUCUCACACACACACGCUACACACGCCAUCCAAACACACACACCUUUGUUGGACAUGUCACCUGCACACACACCUCUCUCACAGACACCUGUACUCUCCUCAACCGCGGUGUCCCCCCCCUCACCACUCAAUCCUAUCCAGGAACACAACGCCACCCAUCCUGACCAUUCUGUUUUGACCCCGACCCCAACAGCUCUGACCUCUCCCAGUGGUCCGAACACAACUCCCCUCUACCCUGUCGUCACAACCAGUCCUGUGGUCACCACCACAACCACAACACAACCAUCACUGACCACGAAACAACCAUCCACAACCACAACACAACCAUCCACAACCACAACACAACCACCACUGACCACAAAACAACCAUCCACAACCACAACACAACCAAUCUCUUCCACACAGUCGUUCCCCAGGCUCAGGACUACCAGACCCCCACCCUGGUCCGCCCCUCACCCCAGCCAGGGCAGCCCAUCAGCGGGUACAUCCUCUGGCCUGUCCCCCUCUCCUCCCCUCUCCACCAUCAGCUCCACACACAGACCCAGAGUCUUCAUCCUGCCUGAUCGGCCUGCUACCAUCAAAGACCCAGAGUCAACAUCCUGCCUGAUCGGCCUGCUACCAUCAAAGGUAGGAGACUGAGUGUGUGUGUGUGUUUUAACACAGACCCAGAGUCAACAUCCUGCCUGAUCGGCCUGCUACCA